UAUGUGCGACGCAAAGGAGCCCCCAAUUUUCUCCUAGGGGAUUUUUCCAUUUAGAACUCAUCAGCGGAAAACCAGAUCUGCCGGCGUGCUUUUCCGGCGGCCUGUUCCGGCCGUCUAAAAUUAUAUUUGCUACAACAGAUUAUUUAUCUAGAUCUGAGAAUUUGUGGUGUAAUCAUGACCGUUUCAGAAGAUGAAGACGAACAUCUAGCUCAUUUUUUAGAAUCCGAAGUUCUUUCAGAGAUCUCCGAUCAGGAAGAUGCAAGAUCAGAGAAAGAGGAAGUGCGACAGCCGAAGCGGCUUCGGAUGGAGCAAAAUGGUGGCGUGAAUAACAGAGUAAUAAAUCCAAGGAGGAUAGAUGAUGGUUUCUUCAGCAGGAUUCCUCCAGAGCUCUUCCCUCAUAUCCUCAAGUUUCUCUCCUCUGAGGAUCUUGCUUCAUGCUCAUUGGUCUGUAGAUUCCUAAACUUCGCAUCUUCAGAUGAAUCUUUAUGGCGUCGCCUAUACUGUAUGCGGUGGGGAAUCUUGCCACCAACAAAAACCUUGCGUGAUCGUGCUUGGAAGAAGCUUUAUAUUCAGCGUGAUGAAGAAGACAUGGUUGAGUUUGUUAGAAACUGCCCGAAUGAGUUCAAAGAGUACUACAUCCAAAUGCAAGUAGCAAAGAGAAGUCAAGCACCUCUCCCUUGUCAGUUGAAAGAUGACUGGAUGAUUCUAGACAAGUCUGUUGCUGAUCAAGUCUCAAUAUGGAAGAAGAGCAAAGGACUAACAGACAAGGUGUUCUCUGAUCACAAUUGUUCAGGAGAAACCUGUUCUUACUAUCAAAUUGGAGAUGUUUUUGUUUGUGAGACUACUGGAUAUGUUCAUGUGUGUGAUGAUACUUGCAAGGAUGUUGUCCUUGAUCCAGAAAAUGAGCUCUUGGUUUGUACAAUUUCUGGCCAUUGUUUUGACCGAUUGCUUUCUCCAUCUGAAACUGGAGAUAUGGAAGAACAGCAACAAGUUGGUGUCACUGAUGAAGCAGAACCAUUCAUGGGAUCGGGCCGUUUUGCGCGGGCAUACCAAUUGGGUUAUAACUGUGAAGAUGAAAAAGAGCUGGAAGCUUGCUUGAGGUUCUGCUAAAGCCGAUUUUGAUAUUACUAUAUUUUCUGGAAUUUGAUAUUUAAGUGUUGUUAAAUGAUUAAUAUUUUCUAUACGCUAUUUUAAAUUAGUCAGUAGCUUAUAACUUAGUAAAAACAAUAAAGGAAUGGCCUGUCACUGUGA